CUGUAAAACAAAGCAAAAACGGUUGUGUACAGAGCUUCUCUGAGUUGAGUGUUGAGAUUACUGUUUUGGGUUAUUAGGAAAAGUUUCAUUAAUGGCGAAGACUGAAGGGAAGGCUAUCGGUAUCGACUUGGGUACCACCUACAGUUGUGUAGGGGUAUGGCAGAACGACCGGGUCGAGAUCAUUGCCAACGAUCAAGGCAACAGAACCACUCCCUCUUAUGUUGCUUUUACAGAUACAGAGCGAUUGGUCGGAGAUGCAGCGAAGAACCAGGUCGCCAUGAAUCCAACUAACACCGUCUUCGACGCGAAGCGGCUUAUUGGGCGGCGAUUCUCUGACCCUUCUGUUCAGAGUGACAUGAAGCUCUGGCCCUUUAAGGUUAUUCCCGGUCCUGGUGAUAAACCCAUGAUCGAAGUGACUUACAAGGGUGAGAAGAAGCAAUUCGCUGCUGAGGAGAUUUCGUCCAUGGUGCUGAUCAAGAUGAGGGAAAUUGCAGAGGCGUUCUUGGGUCAGACGGUGAAGAACGCUGUCGUUACUGUGCCGGCUUACUUCAAUGAUUCGCAGAGGCAGGCCACCAAGGAUGCUGGAGCAAUUGCAGGGCUUAAUGUGAUGAGGAUUAUCAACGAGCCCACUGCAGCUGCAAUUGCUUAUGGUUUGGAUAAGAAAUCGUCGAGGUCGGGUGAGCAUAAUGUACUCAUCUUCGAUCUCGGCGGUGGAACUUUUGAUGUGUCUUUAUUGACGAUUGAAGAAGGUAUUUUCGAGGUGAAGGCCACCGCCGGAGACACCCACCUUGGUGGCGAAGACUUCGACAACCGCCUCGUCAACCAUUUUGUGCAAGAAUUCAAGCGGAAGCACAAGAAGGACAUCAGCGGCAACGCCAGAGCUCUGAGGCGGUUGAGGACUGCCUGUGAAAGGGCUAAGCGAACUCUGUCUUCCACAACUCAGACGACAAUAGAAAUUGAUUCUCUCUACGAAGGUAUCGACUUCUACUCCACCUUUACCAGAGCCCGGUUUGAGGAAUUGAACAUGGACUUGUUUAGAAAAUGCAUGGAUCCAGUCGAGAAGUGCCUCCGAGAUUCCAAGAUUGACAAGGGCCAAGUCCAUGAAGUUGUUCUCGUUGGUGGGUCGACCAGGAUUCCAAAGGUGCAGCAACUUUUGCAAGAUUUCUUCAACGGCAAGGAACUCUGCAAGAGCAUCAACCCAGAUGAAGCCGUCGCGUACGGUGCAGCGGUUCAGGCAGCAAUUCUGAGCGGCGAAGGCAACGAGAAGGUCCAAGACCUACUACUGCUCGAUGUAACUCCUCUGAGUCUGGGUCUCGAGACCGCCGGUGGUGUCAUGACAGUCUUGAUUCCUCGUAACACAACGAUUCCAACCAAGAAGGAACAGAUCUUCUCAACCUAUUCUGAUAAUCAGCCUGGAGUGUUAAUUCAGGUCUAUGAAGGAGAGCGAGCCCGAACCAAAGAUAACAAUCUUCUGGGCAAAUUCGAGCUCACAGGCAUUCCUCCUGCACCAAGAGGUGUUCCCCAAAUCAAUGUCUGCUUCGACAUUGACGCCAACGGAAUUCUGAACGUGUCUGCAGAGGACAAAACUGCUGGAGUGAAGAACAAGAUCACGAUCACCAACGACAAAGGUAGGCUGAGCAAGGAAGAAAUUGACAAGAUGGUGAGUGAAGCAGAGAGGUACAAAGCAGAGGAUGAGGAAGUGAAGAAGAAGGUUGAAGCCAAGAACUCCCUUGAAAAUUACGCCUACAAUAUGAGGAACACUGUGAAGGACGAGAAGUUUGCAGGAAAACUUGACCCGGCUGAUAAGCAGAAGAUUGAGAAAGCUAUUGCUGAUGCGAUUCAAUGGUUGGAUGGGAACCAGUUGGCUGAUGUGGAGGAGUUCGAAGACAAGUUGAAGGAGCUGGAAGGGUUGUGUAACCCAAUUAUUGCAAAGAUGUAUCAGGGAAGUGGAGGUGAUAUGCCCAUGGGAGGGGAUGACAUGCCAAGAGGUGGUGGCUCUGGUUCUGGUGCUGGUGCUGGGCCAAAGAUUGAAGAAGUCGAUUAAGUGGAUAGAACUUAGAAGAGAUGCAGUGG